GGGCAACUAAAGAGAGAGUCCUCCUCUGCCGAUCAAAAAUCUAAUCUUUGCGUCACCGUCUCAGUUCUUCUCUCGUUCUCUAGGGUUCUUCUUCUUCUUAUUCUACAAGCUUCAUCCACUAAACAUGAGUCGUCAUCCCGAAGUGAAGUGGGCAGAGACCACUGACAAGAUUUUCCUCACCGUAGUGUUAGCUGAUUCCAAGGAGACUAAAGUUAAUCUCCUCCCAGAAGGAGUCUUUGACUUCUCUGCAAAAGCUGGUCCUGAAAACCACGCUUAUGAGCUUAAACUCGAGCUUCACGAUAAAGUCAACGUGGAUGAAAGCAAAAUCAACAUUGGAGUGAGAAGCAUAUUCUGCAUAAUAGAGAAGGCAGAGCCGGAAAGGUGGAACAAGCUAAUCCGUGGAGGGAAGGCGCCACACUAUGUCAAGAUUGAUUGGGACAAGUGGGUAGAUGAGGACGAUGAAGGCAGUGCUGGUGCUGGAGAUAUGGAUAUGGGAGGAAUGGGUGGAAUGGAUUUCUCGAGCUUGGCUGGAAUGGGCGGUAUGGGCGGUAUGGGCGGUAUGGGCGGUAUGCCCGGUAUGGGCGGUAUGCCCGGUAUGGGUGGAAUGGGCGGUAUGCCCGGUAUGGGUGGAAUGGGUGGAAUGCCCGGACUUGAAGGACUUGGUGGCAUGGGUGGACUUGGUGGCAUGGGUGGACUUGGCGGCAUGGGAGGUAUGGGAGGAAUGGAAGAGUUUGAAGACAGUGAUGAUGAAGAAGAAACCGCAAAACCAGGAGACAAGAAAGAUGAAGCCGUUAAGGAGGAAGCGAAACCAGUAGAUGUUAAGUGAAGAGAACACUGUUUCUUCCAGAGAUGAUUGCUUUCAAGUUUUUUAGCUAAAGGUUUACUAUUAGCUUCUUAAGUUUAUGAUCAAACCCUCUGAUUUACUUCCUCCUUUUAAAAUGUUGUUACUCUUGUUUUGCUUUUAUGGAUUUGGUUACAGUUUUUAAGUAUCUCUUCAUUUUUGGCAUUGCCAAAUCCUCUGACAUUGAGUUUACUAUGAAGCUUUUUUCUAUGUCA